CCUCUGACAGCGCGGGGCAGCCAGCAGUAUCGCGCGCUCACUGUUCCCGAGCUCACCCAGCAGAUGUUUGACGCCAGGAACAUGAUGGCGGCUUGCGAUCCUCGCCACGGACGCUAUCUGACCGUGGCCACCGUCUUCCGGGGACCCAUGUCCAUGAAGGAGGUGGACGAGCAGAUGCUGAAUAUCCAGAACAAGAACAGCAGCUACUUCGUGGAGUGGAUCCCCAACAACGUGAAGGUGGCCGUCUGCGACAUCGCUCCCCGAGGGCUAAAGAUGGCCGCCACCUUCAUCGGCAACAGCACCGCCAUCCAGGAGCUGUUCAAGCGGAUCUCUGAGCAGUUCUCGGCCAUGUUCCGCCGGAAGGCGUUUCUGCACUGGUUCACCGGCGAGGGCAUGGACGAGAUGGAGUUCACGGAGGCGGAAAGCAACAUGAACGACCUGGUGUCCGAGUACCAGCAGUACCAGGAAGCCACCGCCAACGACGGCGAGGAGAACUUUGAGGACGAGGAGGAUGAGAUCAACGAGUAGGAGUGUGGAGGCCCACAAGAGCCGCACGUAUCGAAAUGAAGAAAUCUGUGCUUAAAUAAUGAAUUGUACAAUAAAUUCUGCA